AUCAAGGGACGGCAUCAUCCCUCGAUAAUCGCCCGUCUAGCUCACACCCGCCUCUCCUCCCUUUUAACGCUCAGGUUUUCCUACGAAUUCCCUAAGCUAUCUACCAGCCGCCGGAAUUUGCCCAGAUUGCCUCUUUGAGCUCUUUUUGCAACAACACGAUAACCUUCGUUGUCAUCCACACUCAAUCCCCUCUAGGAGAGCUCCCUUCAGCAUGGCCUCACUCGAUAUUUCUCAUGAGAUCGGUCGCUCCUAUCAAACCUUGGUCAACUCUCCUCCGGCCAACAAACCAUCCGCCACUUUUGCACAGUGGGCUGUCUUCACUGUCUCCACUCCAUUAGUGAACGCAUUUGUGGCUGCCUCUGCCUCCAAAGCAAGCGUGCUUAAAGUGCACAGUACUGCAGAAGGUGAACUCGAGGAUCUUAUAGAGGAAUUCAAUGACGGGAAGGUGCAAUUUGCCUUUGUAAAGGUUAAAGAUGCCAACACUAGCCUAGCAAAAUUUGUUUUAAUAGCCUGGUGCGGGGAAGGUGUACCGGAGAGAGUAAAAGGCUAUUUCACCGGCCAUCUCAACACUGUAUCCAAGGUUCUUCAUGGAUACCACGUACAAAUAACCGCCCGCUCAGAAUCAGAUCUACUCCCGGAAUCCAUUCUCCAGAGGGUGGCCGAUGCAUCUGGUGCUAAAUACUCGGCCCACGGCUCGACGUCCGGUCCCCCACUUACUGCCCCUAAGCCCACCGUCUCAGCUCACAAACCCGCCCACCGACCCACCAAGGUUUCUGGUGGACCGCCUAAUCCUGCCUCAUCACGCUCUCCCUACAAGCGUGACGAAAGUACGGAUGCAGACGGUUGGGGAGCUGAUGCCCCUCCUGUCACCAGGAGUCAGCUGGAGAAAGUAUCCUCAGCUUACAAGCCCACCAAGGUUGACAUCGCAGUUCUCCGUGCCCAGCCCACUUCUACUACCUCUGGACCGGUCUCUGGGAGCAACCCUGAUGUCGUUAAAGGUGGCUAUCAACCGAUCGGAAAAGUGGAUAUCGCAGCCCUUAGAGCUCAGGGCCAGAAGCAAGACCGCCCGGAUAUUGUCAAAGGAACCUAUGAACCGAUUGGCAAGGUAGAUAUCGCUGCUAUCAGAGCGCAGGCUCAGCCCAGGCCCUCCCCCAAUUCACCCGGUCCCCGCUCGAAUGCACCAGCACAAGAAGAGGAAGAUCACAAGCCGUUGGCCCAGCGCAGUGCAGUCUUUUCUCAAAGCGAACGUCUUACAUCGCUACCUAAACCCAAACCUGCAAAGAAAUUUGGUGCCGGGGCGCCAGCAUUUGGCACAAAACCGCCGACACCUGCCGCUUUUGGCAUUUCUCCGACUGUGCAGCCAACCCCACCAGUUGGUGCCGCUAGUCGAGACUUUGGCUCCUCCGGCGGCAAGACUCCUGCUCAGCUCUGGGCUGAGAAGAAGGCUAGAGAGCGAGGUACAUCCGGAGCAAGCGAAAUUACUCCCCCCACAAUUUCACCAGGAUAUACAGGCCAACACCAUCCCCCACUUGGCACUUCAUCAACUGGCCGCAGCACCGGAAGCGCAGACAAGCUUAUGACAGGACAUUCUCAACAGAGGAUCGAUAGUUCGCAGUCUCAUGAGGAGGAGGUACAAACGCCCGCAGGUGGCAUUGGUGCGUUGAGGAGUAAGUUUGCUGGUGCGCCCCCAAUGGGUACUCCUGCAUCGCCAAAGAGCCCCCAGCGAACGGGCGGGUUCCAUGGUGCAGAACGGGAGGUGCCGCCGCCGCCGCCUAUUGACAUGUCUUCACGUCCUCUGCCAGCUCCGGCUGUGGCCGUUCCGCCACCUCCCCGCCAACCCAGAUCGCCCACCCCUCCAACUCCUGAAGCUCCAGGCAGUCCAGUCAGGAUCGCCAUGCCAGUUGCUAGACAAUCGGAUAGCCCACCAAUGGCAAAACACGAACCCGAGCCACAAAUUUCAAUGCCAGCAGAAAGCCUGGCACGUGCCGUUCCAGAUGAGAGAGAAUUGCAAGAAGAGGAGCCAGCUCGGGACAGAGGUGCGGUAGUUGGUGUUAGUGCCGGAGGUGAGGGUGCUAGUGGCAAGAGGGCUCUAGUUUUAUAUGACUAUGAUGCAGCAGAGGAGAAUGAAAUCAACUUGGUUGAGGGACAGGUUGUUGGUGAAAUUGACAUGGUCGACGAGGAUUGGUGGGCAGGCCGUAAUGCUGCGGGUGAGCAUGGCCUAUUCCCCAGCAAUUACGUCGAACUUAUGGGAGAUACGGAGGUUGCACAAUCUCCUCGGGGAGCUCCGGCUGAUAGCCCGGAGCCGGAGCACCAGCCGCCCCAACCACAGGCACCAGGUUCCGGAGAUACUGCGAUUGCGCUGUAUGACUAUGAGGCUGCCGAAGAAAAUGAGCUCAGCUUCCCUGAGGAUGCGAUCAUUGAGGAUUUGGAAUUCCCCGAUGAAGAUUGGUGGCUAGGUACUUAUCAGGGAAACAGAGGGCUCUUUCCCGCAAAUCAUGUGGAGCUACGUCAGUAGCUUUCGAACCGUUGCUCAACAAUCGCUCUUUCUUCCCUUUCCAUAAAUUGACUAAAUCCCCCUUGGAUGGUCUAGCUUAUACCAAAGACUGCAUGUUGGGCGACUAUUUCCGCCUAAUUUGUGAAUUAUUUUAUUUUACAAUUUUAAAAAUUUUCGUUCAAUUUAUAAAA